CCGGAAGUCUCUUCUCAUGCUGUAGAAAAAAAGUGUCGGCUCAUUUAUUCCGCGGAGUUUUGUGACUGACGGAGUUCACAGUUUCUCUCUUGUUCCUACAGGAACACUUUUACCUGGAAGGACAAACAAACUGAGAGCGAGAAACCUGCUGGGGCUAACUGCGUGUUCUCCGUUCACGCUUCUGCCUGGGAGUUUUCAGGCUUUUCUGUAGGCUGUAAAAACUGCCUAUUAUACCAGCUGAGGCAGAAAGGGCAGGUCUAAAGUAUCCACAAUGACAUUCCUGGAGUAUGGUGACAUGCAGACCUUUGGCACCGAGCUGCCAGCCAUGUUCAACGGCAUGAAGCUGGCUGUGGUGGCGGCGGUCCUCUACGUCAUCGUGCGCUGUCUCAACCUGAAGAGUCCAAACGCAGCCCCAAGGAUCAUGAGUCAGGACACGCUGCACAGCCGCUAUCUGCUCAAGUCCUGCCCCAUGCUCACCAAGGAGUACAUUCCUCCUUUGCUAUGGGGGAAGAGCGGUCAUCUCCAGACGGCUCUGUAUGGCAAGAUGGGACGGGUCUACACGCCGACCCCCCGCGGGAUACGCAAAUUCCUCCCGAUGCCGGACGGAGCCACGGCCACCUUCGACCUCUUUGAACCUCUUGGAGCGCACACCACAGAAGGCGAUGUUACUAUGGUAAUCUGCCCUGGGAUUGGUAACCAUAGUGAGAAGAACUACGUUCGAACCUUUGUGGAUUACUCCCAGAGGCAGGGUUACCGCUGUGCCGUCCUCAAUCAUCUGGGAGCCCUGCCCGACAUGGAGCUCACCUCGCCACGCAUGUUUACCUACGGGUGUACUUGGGAGUUCGGGGCCAUGGUGGGCUACAUCAAGCGUGCCUUUCCCCAAACGUCGCUGGUGGUUGUAGGCUUCAGUCUGGGAGGAAACAUAGCGUGCAAGUUCCUGGGCGAGAAUCGAUCCAACCAGGAGCGAGUGCUGUGCUGCGUCAGCGUCUGCCAGGGGUACAGCGCCCUCAGGGCCCAGGAAACAUUCCUUGAGUGGGAUCAGUGUCGGAGACUUUAUAACUUUCUGCUGGCAGGCAAGAUGAAGAAGCUCAUCCUGUCGCACAGGGGCAGUUUGUCGAGCAUGAGCUCCAGCAACAUCGGGGACGCAGACCUCACCAAACUGUGCGCAGCCACCUCUCUGAUGCAGAUAGAUGACAGCAUAAUGAGAAAGUUCCACGGCUACGGCUCCUUGAGGGAGUAUUACGAGAAGGAGAGCUGCGUGCACUACAUUCACAAUGUAUCCGUGCCGCUGCUCCUGGUGAACUCCUCAGAUGAUCCACUAGUUCAUCGGUCACUACUGGCCAUACCGUGCCGGCUUGCAGAAAAGAAGCCCAACGUGAUGUUUGCCCUGACUGAGCACGGAGGCCACAUGGGCUUCUUUGAGGGGGCUGUGCUGUUCCCGCAGCCCCUCACCUGGAUGGACAAGGUCAUCGUGGAGUACACCAACGCCAUCUGCCACUGGGAGAGGAAGGAGAAGGCCUGUCAGAGGACCAGAAACCCCAACAGAGGUUUCCACCAGCUGAGUUCAACGCUGAAACUCAGCGGCUGACGCCUGCGUGCCCGGGGGGGCGGCGCACAGACCGACAGGCGCGUGGUCAGCCUGAGGCCUUAUCUGUGAUGGUCUGACAGUAGGUGUCAGAAAUAUGCACGGAGGAGGUGUAACCCUGCUUGGGGACGACGCCCAUGCGGCUCAUGUGAUGUCCUGCUGAACUAACUGCUUAUCUACCAGUGUUGCUCUUCUCUGCUGCUUGGUGCCAUCUGCCGUAUCGUUUCAUGUGCUCUGCAGGGAGGAGUACAUCGGCUGCAAACCGUUGAUGGCCUUUUGAACUAAUUAGCCUCCACAAACUAGUGUGAAAACACCCAAUCAGCCUCACUCAUCACUGCUAAUGUAUUUAGAUUUGAGCGUACUCAAAACUCAGAAACACGGUACAGCGUGAGCAUCUUUUGAUUUAGGAAAGUCCGGUAGAGAACUUUGCUGAUGGGAGACCCACCUUGCUCCCAUCAGAACCACCAGGACCUAUUUGAUUGUUUACACGGGUGUUUUCCAGUUAUGCUGGAGGCUGUUUUCACAUGAUCUAACCUAUGAAGAGAAUGUUUAUCACAGGAUAAAUCAGCUAGCAACACUUUAAAAAAAAAAAAAAAACCUUAAACUAUUGUUCUGUUGAAUCAUUGGGACGUCUUAACUGUACUGUACUGUAUGAGCACUUUAAACCAACAUGCUUUUAAAGCGUGGUAAUGGAGACAUUGCACAGCUUGUACCAUUCCAAGAACUGCUCCACUGCACCUUCCUUUAUUUAACUCUGGUUUUCACUUUAGUCUCUCCUGCAGAGCGAUGCAACGGACCCAGUACGUUGAUUUUGAUUUUCUAACUCUGUUUCUCUCUGGACACAAGCUACAUGUAUGAGCAUGUGACCAAGGCUCAAGCUUAGUGAGCGCUUCAGGUUAGAGCUAAAUGCAAAAUUGGAAUAGUUGGGGAGGUUUAUUUUAAGCUGCUUACAAGUAACAUGCUUUUGAGUUUCCCUCAUUAGCUAGAAAAUGCUGGAAACGAAAGAACCGAAGCUGCCUGUUCUCUCAUAGUACCAUGUUGUGUCAGAAGCACUUAUGAAAGACUGAGAUUAAAUGAAGUGGAACAAGAUUUAGGUUUAGACAUGUUUGGUUUUUUUUGUAGUUAUUAAAUUAUUCAGUUCAUAUCUUACCUGCAGUAGAUAACUACUGCGUUGCCAAUGUUCCAGGUGAAACGUGUACUGGGAGUGAAACACGUAAAGAGGUUCCAGUCACAGUACAACUAAUAGAAAAGUAAGGAAGUGUAAAAAAAACACUAAACACUACAAUAGUGUUCACUGUAACGGCUGCCAUUGAUUUUGUCCUGAUUUACUGACAGUUGCGCUGUCUGGAAAUGCCUCAGGAUGCGUUUCACACAGGAAGGUCAUCAGCAUCAACUUCUUCCCCUUUCAAAUAAUCAUUGACUUCUGUGUAAACAGCUGCUCUAUGCAAACAAGAUAAAGGUUUAUAAUGUACUAUAAAAGAUUUUUUUUAACACCCAACAGAUAUUUGUGUGAUAGGAGGCAUUUUAGCCUUCAGAACGUCCAGAAUCUGUAUUUAGACCAAAGAUACCAGGGGAUUUAUUGACUACAGGUAAGAUAUUAACUGCUUUUAACCUAUUCACAGAACCCUCUUUGGUUCAUUUUCAACUAUCCAUUUGAUACAUUUUUACUUUGUGCUAGCUUAUUGUUUAUUAUCUUUUUUUUUUUUUUUACAUAUUGUUCAAGUGAAGUGGUUUAUUACUGAAAAUACAGUUCAUGAUUUUCUGUCUUUUAUGAGUCUAUUAUUGAUCAUUUUUUAAAGAACAUAUAACUUCUUUGCCUUACGUACAUUGUAAAAAAAAUACAAAUAAAAAAUAAAAAAACCUUUCAUAUCUCUGCAAUGUCUACAGGCAACAUGCCCUGAUUGUUUGGGCAUUUUUCUUACAAUGGCAUCACCACAGGCCUGUAUCACAUGCCGAACAGCACAAUCUGAUCUCCCUCUUUAAUUAAAAGGUUUAAUCAA